CGAGCCAUCGUCGCGCAGAUCAUUUUCUCCGUUUAAACCUCCAACAGAAGGUAGCGUAACAUGUCUGAACGAUGUUUUCAUACGUUUAUCUGAGGUCAGAACUACAUCUGGACAGUCUCUCUUGUGUAAAUAUGUGUCUACAUAUUAAGUCACUUCCUUCGUCCAUUAUGACGAAUUUAAGGUAGGUAGAAAGGAUCUUUUACCUGAUUCGCUGUUUUUUUUGUUUUUUUUUUCGGCUCCGUUACAAAAUGAAAGAGUCGUGACGGUUUCGGUUUGCUAAGCAGGCUUUGCUUUGUGGAGGGUUGUUAUAUUUCCGAGAAAAAAGGCUUCCUAAAGGACAGUCAAGGUUAAUUAAUUCAUAUCAUAAUCAGCUAUAAUGACUGAUAGUUCAAAAGUUACCCCACUUUCCAAAUUCGUACCCUUCUUUUUUGGGCAAAACUGCCAAGACAAGUUUUUUUUUCUUUUUCUUUUUCUUUUUUUUUGAUAUUCCUAUACACACUACCACCUUCUCCUCCACUUGUCUAUUCUCUCUGUCAUUAACAGUUUCAGGUGACUCAUUAACGACUCAGUUUCCACUGUUUUCAGCUGCUUGCAGCUUGUUGCUUGUGUGUUACAGUCGCCAUCUUGUGGUCAGGAUGGGGCACUGAAGGAGUGUUGACAUUAUUGUGCAUCUCUACCUAUCACUUAUAUGAAAGAAAAAAAUAACAGCCAAUCACUGGAUGCGAAGGUGAUAUUUUUUCAUAUAAAAGAUGAUUUAAUUUAAUGUUUCCUCACCAGAUAAAAGUGUGCAAGAGCUAAUGUGGAUGCGAGUCCAUUAACAUGAAUCAGUGUGAGGACAGAGAGGAGGGAAUCCUCCCCUCUAAAACCACGCUGGGUCGGGAACAUGACUGCCAGACCAAAGCUCAGAGUCUAGAGCAGCAGCACACGCAAGACUGUCCUGGACCUGAACCCAGCUGUGUGUCCUUCCAGAGCCACCAGUCAAAGGAUUUUAUUAUUGAUUUUAAACAAGGUCAUCGAUCAGUUCCAGAGCAGCAGAACACUCCAGGCUGUCCUGGACCUGAACCCAGCUGUGUGUCCUUCCAGAGCCACCAGUCAAAGGAUUUUAUUAUUGAUUUUAAACAAGGUCAUCGAUCAGUUACGGAGCAGCGGCACAUACAAGACUGUCCUGGACCUGAACCCAGCUGUAUGUCUUUCCAGAGCAACUGUUCAAAGGAUUUUUUUAUUGAUUUUAAACAAAUACAUCUAUCUGACAGACACAGGAUCUGUAAGAGACCAGCCACCGCUGAACCUCUAUCUGAUCCUGAGUCUAAACUCAGCUGUCUGUCGUUCAAGAGUGAGCAGUCACUUGAGCGUUUCUACGAUUUUAAAGGAGAACAACCCUUCCCUGCAAAGAGAGUUGACCAAAAGAUCUCAGAGGUGUCCAGCGGUCAGCCUGCCCAGCAGCAUCAAACACACUUGGACUGCGUAUUUAUGCUGCUGGAGGAGAACAUUGUCGCCUUUGUAAAGAAUGAACUGAAGAGGUUCCGGAAGGUUUUGAGUUUAGAUGACCCAGAUUGCUUAGUAAAUCAGAGGGAGGAUGAGGAGAUGUUGGACAGUGAGGAGGAAGAGCAGAGGAGGAACAACAGAGAGGCAUUUCAGAGGAUCACGGUCCACUUCCUGAGAAGAAUGGGGCGGGACAAGCUAGCAGACAUGCUGCAGAGCAGAAGUCAAGCUGGAGUCGGUCUAGACUUGUCUAAACUAAAAUCCAAACUGAAGAGGAAAUUCCAAUGUGUGUUUGAGGGGAUUUCUAAAGCAGGAAACCCAACCCUUUUGAAUGAGAUCUACACAGAGCUAUAUAUUACAGAGGGAGAUUCUGGAGAGGUCAAUAAAGAACACGAGGUCAGACAGAUUGAAACAGCAUCCAGGAAACGAGAUGGACCCGAAACAACAAUCAGACUUGAAAACAUCUUUAAACCCUCACCUGCGAGAGUUAAACCAAUCAGAACAGUGCUGACAAAAGGAGUGGCUGGCAUUGGGAAAACAGUCCUAACACAGAAGUUCACUUUGGACUGGGCUGAAGACAAAGCCAACCAGGACAUACAGUUCACAUUGCCAUUCACAUUCAGAGAGCUGAAUGUUCUGAAAGAGAAAAGGUACAGCUUAGUGCAACUUGUUCAUCACUUCUUCACUGAAACCAAAGAAGUAGGAAUCUGCAAGUUUGAAGAAUUUGAUGUUGUCUUCAUCUUUGACGGUCUGGAUGAGUGUCGAUUUCCUCUGGACUUUCACAACAAUGAGAUCCUGACUGAUGUCACAGAGUCCACCACAGUGGAUGUUCUGUUGACAAACCUCAUCAGGGGCGACCUGCUUCCCUCUGCUCGCCUCUGGAUAACCACACGACCUGCAGCAGCCAAUCAGAUCCCUCCUAGGUGCGUCGACAUGGUGACAGAGGUCAGAGGGUUCACUGACCCACAAAAGGAGGAGUACUUCAAGAAGAGAUUAAAAGAUAAGAAGCAGGCCAACAAAAUCAUCUCUCACAUCAAGACAUCACGAAGCCUCCACAUCAUGUGCCACAUCCCAGUCUUCUGCUGGAUCACUGCAACAGUUCUGGAGGAUAUGUUGAAGACCAGAGAGGGAGGAGAGCUGCCCAAGACCCUGACUGAGAUGUACAUCCACUUUCUUGUGGUUCAAACUAAACUGAAGAAUGUCAAGUAUAAAGGAGGAGCUGAGACAGAUGCACACUGGAAUUCAGACAACAGGAAGAUGAUUGCGUCUUUGGGAAAACUGGCUUUAGAGCAGCUGCAGAAAGGCAAUCUGAUCUUCUAUGAAUCAGACCUGAGCGAGUGUGGCAUUGAUAUCAGAGCAGCCUCAGUGUACUCAGGAGUGUUCACACAGAUCUUUAAAGAGGAGAGAGGACUGUACCAGGACAGGGUUUUCUGUUUUGUCCACCUGAGUGUUCAGGAGUUUCUGGCUGCUCUUCAUGUCCAUAUGACAUUCACCAGCUUGGGUGUCAGUUUGCUGUUAGAACAGUCAACAUCCCAGAAAUCUGAAAGAACAAAAUAUGAAUCUGAGACACAUUUUUACCAGAGUGCUGUGGAUAAGGCCCUUGAGAGUCAAAAUGGACACCUGGACUUGUUACUCCGCUUCCUGUUGGGCCUUUCACUGCAGACAAAUCAGACUCUCCUUCAAGGCAUGCUGACACACACAGGAAGUAGCUCCUUAACCAGUCAGGAAACAGUUGAGUACAUCAAGAACAAGAUUGAAGAGACUCCCUCUGCAGAGAAAAGCAUCAAUCUCUUCCACUGUCUGAAUGAACUGGAUGAUCGCUCUCUUGUGGAGCAUAUCCAACAGUCCCUCAGUUCAGGAAGACUUUCCACUGAUAAGCUGUCUCCUGCUCAGUGGUCAGCUCUGGUCUUCAUCUUGCUGUCAUCAGAAAAAGAUCUGGAUAUAUUUGACCUGAAGAAAUACUCAUCUUCAGAGGAGGCCCUUUGGAGGCUGCUGCCAGUAGUCAAAGCCUCAAACAAAGCUCUACUGAGUGGCUGUAACCUCUCGGAAAGAAGCUGUGAAGCUCUGAUCUCAGUUCUCAGCUCUCAGUCCUCUAGUCUCAGAGAGCUGGACCUCAGUGACAACAACCUGCAGGAUUCAGGAGUGAAGCUGUUAUCUGUUGGACUGGAGAGUCCACACUGUAGACUGGAAAGUCUCAGGCUGUCAGGCUGUCUGAUCACACAUGAAGGAUGUGCUUUUUUGGCCUCAGCUCUGAGCUCCAAUCCUUCCCACUUGAGAGAGCUGGAUCUGAGCUACAAUAAUCUCAGAGACUCGGCAGUGAAGCCGCUGUCUGAUGGGCUGGAAAAUCCAGACUGGAGACUGGAAACUCUCAGUGUGGAGCCUGGUGGAGUCCAAUGGUUAAAACCAGGCUUAAGGAAGUAUUCCUGUGAACUCACUCUUGACACAAACACAGUAAACAGGAAGAUCAAACUGUCGGACAACAACAGGAAGGUGACAUACGUGGGGGAGGUGCAGUCAUAUCCUGAUCAUCCAGACAGAUUUGACAUCUGUCCACAGCUGCUCUGUAGAAAUAGUGUGACUGGUCGUAGUUACUGGGAAGUUGAGUGGACAGGAAGAGUUUCUAUAUCAGUGAGUUACAGAGGAAUCGGCAGGAAAGGAGACAGUGAUGACUCUGUGUUUGGAGAGAAUGACCAGUCCUGGAGACUGAUCUGCGCUGAUGGUGGUCGCUUCUAUGUCUGGCACAAUAACAGUAGAACAUCCAUCCCCUCAUCCACUGCCUCAAAUAGAGUGGCAGUGUAUGUGGACCAUCAUGCUGGCACUCUGUCCUUCUACAAAAUCUCAUCUGACACACAGAUCCACCUCCACACCUACAACACCACGUUCACUUCACCUCUCUAUCCUGGGUUUGGGUUUGGGUUUUUGGCUGGUUCAUCUGUGUCCCUGUGUUCUCUAUAGGAAGGAGUCUCCACACACUGGUGAUAUAUUUUCUCAAGCAUAUAAGCUGUUCAAAAAAGGGGCAAGUUCAGAAAAGCUGUUACAACACAGACUCAAAACUUAGCGAAGACAUUUGACUCAGUUAUGGGGUGUAAAUUGUGUUAUUGAUUACCUAACUGAGCACAGAAGUGAUCUUCCUUGCUGUGAACACACAUGUUGACUUGUGACUUUACAAAAGUAGGGUGACACUCAUCUCAUCUUUGAACAGAAAGGUUAUGUGACAUAUGGAAUAUAAUAGAUAGAUAGAUAGAGAUAUAUACAUGUCAUCUGUAAUAUAUGGAAGGAAUUCCAUUUUGCCAAACACCUCCAAUCAACCAAGAAGUGUUAUAUCUGAAUGUUUGUUUUGGUUAUAGCAAGCUAGUCUCCGUGCCAAUAUAGUUUUGUUAGCCUAAAAGAAAUAAUGUUACAUCUCUGUGACUUGCCAGCAGUAAGUCUCAAUGAGCUUUGUUUUAAUAGUAGAAAAAGAAGAUAGAGGUGUAUUGAUAGCAGAAUUGAUGUAGCAGAGAAGUAAUGAUUAAGAGGGACCCUUAAUUAAAAACUAAGGGCCCAUUUCCGUCAAGCAGUACAUGCAAGCUUUGUUUGAGAAAAGGCUGCAGUGUGUUUGUAUUGUAUUAUAACAUUGUUGCACGGGAGUGACAACUCCUUAUCGACCAAUCAACAGACAGCACGGGGCGUGGCUUAAACCAUACUUGUUACAGAAGGGUGCCAAAAAUGUGAAAAUGCAGCUUAACUGUUCCCUAUUUGUCUUCAGUGGAGACAGCGAUCUCUAGCUGUUUUUAAAGGUAGAUAGGAAAUCUCUCUGGAUCCACUGAAUCCUUUUUGGACCAACUAAAUGCUUGGAAAGGGCACAUACAGGAAGAUAUCUCCUUAGAGGUGUGUAUGUUUGACAGCCCGUAGUCAAAUGGUCAACACAAGCUAUGACAAUUUCAUCUGCAAAAUGCACACUUGUACAACCCCAGUCAAACUGCGUACAGAGAAACACUUUUGGUGCAAUAAUUAAAUUAAAUGCAAUAAUCAAAGUGACUUGAACAAAUGUAUCUCUACACCACAAGUUGAUUAUACUAUCUACUUAUCCAAACCAAAGAAAGCCUCAGUUAAUAUGUUCUACCUCCAUGCAAAACUUCUUGUUGCAUUUAUUCAAGUAAAAUGACAUUUAUUUAAGUAAAGUGACAUAUAAUAAUCUUGUAGUAUUAUCAUGGAAAAAUAUAAGGAGACCAUGCAUUGGCUAGUGGCUCAAGGAGAUGUCUUCCUGCUUCUCAAUGCAGGAAAUUUCAUUCUUAAAUGUAAAAGGAAGGCUUUCCAUUCCAUCUGAAAAUCCUUCAUUCACAUUAGUAUUACAAGGGACUGAAGAAAUGAGUUUAUUCAGAAAAAAAAGUGUUUGAAUGUUGAAUGGCUGGCUAAGGACAGGGAGGAAUAGAAAUCAUUUAUUUUAAUAUAUUUUUUUAUGUAUUUUUUUCUUUUUCAUCAUAUAGCUAGCUAGAUAGAUGUACUUUAUUGAUCCCAGGCUGGGAAAUUACAGUGCAGCAGCAGCAAUACACACAA